AUGGGAACCGGACUAAUGUCCAGUUCGGAAGAGUCAAUUCCAUGGAAAAGGCAUCUAAAAGUGCCAGUUAUGAAACCGACUGUUUUCGAUUUGGAAUUCCACUUUGCUUGCAAGCAACUGGCAGUAUCCCAGCUCUCGUGCUCGCUUCGGGUGGCGUGGCAGCUAGGUACCGAAAGGGCGUCACAACCGAACCAUAUGGAAAACGUAAGCAAGAUUUGCCACCGCUCAAGUGGGAACACGUUCGCCUGUUCAAACGUGAUAAUUCAGAUGCGUCCAACGUGCGUUGGUGGAGUAGUGGUUACACGCUCGCCUCGCAUGUCAGGUUCAUAUCCCGGCACGGACAUUGGAUAUGCACUGCUGAUGAGCUCUAAUAAGAGCGAAGCUCGAGUCCAGUGCUCCCCUUUGGUGUGGACCCACUGGAGUAAUUACGCCAGAACAGGAACACGGCCGUUCGAACGAGAUUGGUGUGACUAUGAACAUGUAAUAGGCACAGAAUGUACCUUUGCCUAUCUGGACGGGAUUCAGACUUGGAGGCGUUCAGUCGUAAUCUCUCAGAUGCUUCGCACCAUUGGCCUUUCGGCCAGGCACCAAAUGUCUGAACCUGCGGUUCCUCCCGUACUAAACAGAAUUACCAUAGUAGCGGCCAGUUUGUACUACUGCACUGAGUCAUUGUACUCAGUAGUUGUCUGUCUCACGACGGUAUAA